AUGUCAGUGAGCUUGUGCUACUUGGUGAUUCUUAUUUUCAUAUCCGGAUCGGAGAGCCAACUUAGCUAUGAGAUAAAACCGAUAACCUUUUGCCCAGUGGUGACUCUUGAUGGACACCUCUCGAAUUACAACGAUAGAUGGUCUCUCGCUACAAACUCAACAACGAUUGCCGAAUGUUCAUUGGAGUGUUCAACACGAGAACACAACCUGCGGUGUCAGGCAUUUACUUUCGACCAAGAAUCAUCAACCUGUCAACUGCACUCCAGCUCCCCAGACCGAGGGAGCAGUUUGACGGAAGUGGCCUGGUACAACAGGAGCACUGCAAACACUGAUCCGCUCGGUGGACGCAUUGUUAAACUUCCGGGUGCUAAUAAAAGCAUCACACAUUUGGUCAGUUUCAUAUUUUUUUAUGUGCCUUCAGUGGUGGACAACAUUUAA